GUUGGGGUGAGUUCAGCUUCCAAUAACAGCGAGAUAUCGUGGCCCGCUCUGCUUCUUCUAUCUCUUUCUCUCUCCCUCUCUAUUAAAAUCCACGCCCCCCAAAAUAAAAAGCCGAACACCAAAAAAACCAGACUCACUUCAAAAACCCUAAUCCGAUCUCACCUCUCACUUUCUAACCGUCACAAUUCCAACGCAUGGCCCUCAUCUGAUACAUCCGAUUUAGGGGGGAGAUUUUCUGUGUUGGUUGGAUCGGCAUGAAGCGAGAUUUGGCUUCUGUAUUGGAGGGCCAGUCUCAACUCGCCGAUUCUGUGGUUGGGACUCGCGCCGAGGAGGCGAGCCCUACGCUUCGAGUUUAUGAGAGACUGAACUCCAAGAGAUUCAAAGGCGCUAUUGUCGAUGGUUUGAUUGUGUAUACGCGGGCCAGGAAGCCCGGGAUCAAUGGCCGGAGUGGUUUGUCGGAGGAUGCGAAAGCCGCCGCCGCCGGGAGUACGAGAUUGGAUGAGGUCAGAAAUGCUCCAGGGUUUGAGAGUGAUCAGCUGACUGAAGUUGUAGUUAGGGAUGAAGGGAGUAGCGGUUUGGUGAUACCUAGGAGUAGGGGUGGGAAGGGGAGUGAGAUAUGGAUGCCUUUCGUUGGGGAUCACGAUAUCGAUGGGGAGUUGGUUGAAGUUGUAGUUAGAGAAGAGGGCAAUUGUAGUUUCGAAAUGAGUAGAAAGCGCUCUGCUGCCUUGAACGGCAGAGCUGCUAAUAGUAGAAAGAGGGGAAAGGAUUCACAACCAAGGUCAUCGAGGAGGAAGCGCUUCACGCGAUCCACAUUGAGACCUAGUGUCGAGCCUCCGCUGGAAAAUGGAUCAGUGGCUGUGCUAGGAUCAGAGGCUUUGCCUGGAUCAGAGGCCGUGACAGGGUUAGAGAUUGUGCCAGUUGAAGCAAUUUCUGAUGUAGAGGAGGAGAAACUAGUUGAAGUCAGUACACUGCUGUCAAAUAGUAAGCUAGAAUUGAAAAUGUCGAAAAAGGUUGUGCUUGACAGGAAGCCUACUACUGUCAAGGAGCUGUUUGAUACAGGCUUGGUUGAUGGGGUAACAGUGAUUUACAUGGGUAGCAAGAAGGCGUUUGGUCUGCGGGGCACAAUAAGAGAUGGAGGGAUUUUGUGUUCAUGUAUAUCUUGCAAUGGCUGCAGAGUCAUUCCACCAUCUCAAUUCGAGAUUCAUGCUUGUAAAACAUACAGACGAGCAGCACAGUACAUUUGCCUUGAGAAUGGAAGGAGCCUGCUUGAUCUUCUGAAGGUGUGCAGGAAUGCUUCUCUGCAUACAUUGGAGGCAACAAUUCAGAAGUUCAUCAAUUCUUCACCAAUAGACAAAUAUUUCACUUGUAAAAACUGUAGCGUGUCCUUUCCUCCUUAUUGUGCUCUGGAAGAUGGAUCGCUUUGCUAUUCUUGCAUGGAGUCAAAUAAACCUCACAGCCCAUCUCAGGAAUCUAGUAAAAAUCUCAGAGCUUUGCUGCCUGCUUCGUUGUCAAUGUCCCCGAAAAAUGCUAAGUCCCCAAAAACUGCAACACCGAAGUCUGCAAGAAAUGGAAUUUUAAAGACUCCUAAAAGUACAAUCUUAAGGCCCCCAAGAGGUGCUAUCUCAAAGUCCCCCAAAAGUGCAAUCUUAAAUUCCACAAAGAGGGCAAUCUCAAAGCUCCCAAAAAGUGCAAUUUCAAAGUCUCCCAAGAGUGCUUCUCUUUGGAAGACAACUAAAUUAUCAACACCAGUUUCGAUCUCAAGUCCAUCAAAAAGUGCUUCUCCAAUGCGCUCAGAAUAUAAGAGUGGAUGGAAGAUAACAUCAAAGUCAUCAAAAUCAGUCCUGAUCUCAAGGUCCCCUAGUGCUGCUUCAAUGUAUUUUUCUUCACAAAAGAAAAGUCAGUGGAGGAUUACAACUAAAGAUCAGCGCCUGCAUAAGUUGGUUUUUGAGGAAGGUGGAUUGCCUGAUGGAAGCGAAGUAGCAUAUUAUGCCCGUGGACAGAAAUUGCUAGUUGGUUAUAAAAAGGGUUUUGGAAUAUUUUGCCGUUGCUGCAACACUGAGGUGAGCCCCUCGCAGUUUGAGGCUCAUGCAGGUUGGGCUACACGCAGGAAACCCUAUGCAUACAUAUAUACCUCCAAUGGCGUGUCUCUCCACGAAUUGGCCAUAUCUUUGUCAAGGGGUCGCAAGUAUUCAGCCAAAGAUAAUGAUGACUUGUGCAUCAUUUGUGCAGAUGGCGGGAAUCUUGUUCUUUGUGAUGGAUGCCCACGGGCCUUCCACAGAGAUUGUGCAUCUCUAUCAGGUGUCCCUCGUGGUGACUGGUACUGUAAGUUUUGCCAGAAUAUGUUUCAAAGGGAGAAGUUUGUGGAACAUAAUGAAAAUGCUGUUGCCGCUGGAAGGGUUGAAGGAAUUGAUCCUAUAGAACAGAUAACCCAAAGAUGCAUCCGUAUUGUCAAAGACAUUGAAGCUGAACUUACUGGAUGUGUAUUAUGUAGGGGGUAUGAUUUUAGCAAAUCGGGAUUUGGUCCACGUACUAUUAUACUUUGUGAUCAGUGUGAGAAGGAAUAUCAUGUUGGCUGUUUGAAGAAACAUAAAAUGGCAAACUUGAAGGAAUUGCCAAAGGGGAAAUGGUUUUGUUGCACAGAAUGCAAUAAAAUUCAAUCUAUUUUGCAAAAGUGUUUAUCAAGGGGAGCUGAGGAGCUCCCAGAUUCUCAUUUGGAUAUUAUGAAGAGAAAGCACGAGGAAAAUGGUUUGGAGACUGUCAAUGGUUUUGAUGUCAGAUGGAGACUUAUUAGUGGCAAAAUGGCUUCUCAGGAAUCUCGGUUAUUGCUUUCAAAGGCUGUUGCUAUCUUCCAUGAUUGCUUUGAUCCAAUAAUCGAUGCAGAAUCUGGGCGUGAUCUCAUUCCUGCCAUGGUUUAUGGAAGGAAUGUUAGGAGCCAAGAAUAUGGGGGGAUGUACUGUGCAAUUCUUAUGGUCAACUCAACUGUUGUAUCAGCUGCUAUUAUUCGUGUUUUUGGUCAAGAAGUUGCUGAGCUACCUUUAGUUGCUACAAGUAGUGGUAACCAUGGCAAGGGCUACUUCCAAUCAUUAUUUUCCUGCAUUGAGAAGCUGCUAGCUUUCUUGAGUGUGAAGAACCUUGUGCUGCCGGCUGCCCCAGAAGCAGAAUCCAUAUGGACAGAAAAAUUUGGUUUUACAAAGAUAGAUCCGGACCAGCUUAUUAACUACAGGCGGACUUGCUACCAAAUGAUAACCUUCAAAGGAACAUCAAUGUUGCAUAAAAAGGUUCCUGAAUGUCGACUUGUAAAUACAGCAUGAUAGAUUUUUGUUUUUGUUUUAUGUUUGCUGAUGUUUAUUAUUUGCAAGCUCCCUGCUUCCAGUUCAUGGUUGUAAAAUUUUAUGAAUUGGAAUUGUCAAGCCUCUGCUGUUCUUCCUUUGAGCUC